AUGAUUGGAUCUGCGGUUUUGACCACCUUUCUUAUAAUUGCUAUAUACAAACUGGGUGGUCCAAAUGCUAUAUUGUCUUUGCUAGUUACUACUCCUGCCGAGACUCUUGCUCUCCAGGCCUUGGACUUGAAGCCAAAUCACCACAACAUCAGGAAAUCAGCAAAUGGAGUUCCAUAUCCGCCUGGGCUAUACAAUACGGGCAAUCUCUGCUUCAUGAACUCGGUGACUCAGGCACUUGUAUCGCUGCCAUCCUUGUUGACGUAUCUUCAACAACGGUAUUCUCAAUUCAGAGAGAAUCCAUAUGACGAUGAAGGCAAUCGGAUCAACUUGCUCGUCACUGAAGCUCUUCUUGGACUGACUUUUGCUUUGAACGAGCUCAAACCGUCGAGACGAGCCAUUCAACCAUCAAUACUGAUGCGAGCUAUAAGUGCUGGACGUACAAAUAUACUAGCAUACGAGCAACAAGACGCCCAUGAACUGUUUCAGCUCGUAAGCUCGGCCUUGUCGGAAGAAGAGGCCAGCAUCGCUCGAGUCUUGAUACGAAAUCCGACUUUUAUUGGAAGUGAAUGGGAUGCACUUGUCAACCAGUCUAGGACUACCAAAACGAUCACAGCUGCCGAGAAAAAUAUUGACGCUCCAUCUAAAGAACCGUUAUCUUCAUCGAAAUCGAAAGAUAGUGAUCAACAAGAUAGUGUCAAACAAUUUGCCAAACCUGAAACAGGGUCUGAUCGCACUCUACCACAAGCUAAUGGCCACCAUCCUGCUAAUGGGUCCGUGAAUGGUAAAGUAAAUGGUCACAACGUCGAUGAUAGACAGACAACCGAUGAUGUUAAGAAUGUGGCAGACAGGGCCAGUAAAUCCUUGUUUUUGAGCUCCUUGAAGCAAGGUUUUGAUUUUGGAUUACGGAAUCCAUUCGUUGGUUUGGUGGCUAGUUCAGUGGUGUGUUUACAGUGUGGAUUUACGUCUGGAAUUCAACACCAACAAUUCGAUAACUUUUCUCUGGCUCUGCCAACUCGAUACCACUCUGUAACUAUCGAAUCUCUACUCAAAACAUACACAGCACCUGAACGUCUAGAGGACUGGAUGUGUGAAAAGUGCUCCAUGGUAGCAACACUGCAAGAAUGCACCAAUGUCUGUGAAAAAGCUCGAGCACGUGUAGAAUCCAUAAAAUCAGAUAUCGCUGAAUUACAGCGGCAGCCUGAAAAGACAGAAGGCACCGAAAAGAAGAUGGAAAAGUAUAAACGCAAUAUGCGUGAAGCUUUGACUGUCUUGGUACAAGUAGAGAAGGAACUUGAUGCUGUUAAGGAAUCUGUGCAGGAGGAGGAUGAAACAAAGCUGCCUGAAACUGUAAAAAGACUCAAAAUACCAUCUAAAUCAGCCGCCAAACAAGUCUUGAUUGCUAGACCGCCCAAGUGUCUAGCUCUACAUAUGCAACGAUCUAUAUAUCUCCCAUCUGGCUCCGUCAUGAAGAAUACAACGUCCGUUGCCUUCCAAUGCGAGCUAGAUCUAACGCCGUUUUGUACAUCGUCUGGAUUUGCUGGUGGCUGUGAGUUUGCUGGAUUGCAAACGUUUGGUAAACCAUGGGUGGAGCCAAACGAAGAGCAGGAAGAAGAGCCUGUUGAAACUAUAGAACACGAUGAUAGCAGAAUACCCGAGUUAAAGGAAGAGUCGCCUGAUGUGAAUAUACAGGAGAAUGAUGUACAUGAUGAUGACGAGCCUUUGGAUGAUGACAGGUCGCGUGAGACAAGGGUUGUUGAGGACGCUAUAGAGGAGGUCUUGGUCAACGACACUAUCGAUGCUUCCGGUGGAGAUGAUGAUAACAAUGUUGAUACCCCAGCUCCUGCUAAACAUGUCGAAUCUGAGCAAUCAGACCCAGAUGCUGAAACAGCAAAAGAUGCUCCUCCUCCACCAAUACCAGACAACCCACCAUCCACAGAACCAAAUAACAGUAACAACCCCUACAUCUAUGCCCUGAAAGCCGUAGUACUGCAUUACGGCGGUCACGACUCUGGCCACUUUGUCACAUACAGAAGGACUCAUGAAGUCGAUGGAACUGAAACCCACAAAUGGUUUAGAAUAUCAGAUGAUCGAGUCGAUCUGGUCUCUGAUAUCCAAGAUGAGAUAUUUAGUUACGCUAGUGGGUCAGUGUAUAUGCUUUUUUAUGAGCAGGGGAGGUGGGGGAGUGCGAGGAUUCAGGCUGAAUCGAAGGCCGAUGGAUGGGGUGAUUGA